GAAGAGAACUACUUCCAGCCAUGAUACCAGAUAUAAAGCCACACUCCGAGAACAAGAGGUGAUCGCAAGGCUCCAGAAUCCCUGAAACAACUACAACCGUGAGUGAUAGCUGGAAGAAACUGUCACUUCAACCCCAGGGAGGACACAUCCUUCAUCCCAUAUAGGUUCCUACUAUGACAUUGACAUGGUAUAUCCUGCUCCUAACUCUAACAUGUCUGGCUUCAAAUAAAGCAGAAACAUGCCAGGAUGAAAAUAUUGAUUUUGAUAGAUCCUAUGUUGCUGAAGGAGAGCCACUUUAUGUUCACUGUCCUUUGAAAUACAUGCUAUACGAAGGCGAUUUUAACAUUACUUGGUAUCUAAAUGGCUCUGAAAUUAGUUUUAAUACACAGUCCAGAGUUCAUCAGAAUCAAAACUAUCUUAAGUUUCUCCCUGCAAGACUAGAAGAUUCAAAGUAUUAUACUUGUGUUUUAAGAAACUCCACAUUCUGCAUCCAAAAGCAUAAAAAAGUAGACGUUUUUACAUAUGAUGAGAACCUAUGCUAUAACAAAAGCACCUUGUACCCAUUUACAGAACAAAUCACACAAAACAUUCAACUCCCGUGUCCUGAAUUGGAGGAUUACAUUGAUGUUAAAGAUACUAAUUUAAAAUGGUUUAAGGAGUGCCUUCCUCUGGACACCAAUGGCAACAAAUAUUUUGUAGAGAAUAUAUUCUUAACUAUAACUAAUGUUACACAACAAGAUGAAGGAAAGUAUAGUUGUGAAGUACCACUUAAUUAUAAUGGUACAAGUUAUACCAUUUCACGUUCCAUUGAUCUGGACCUUCAAGCCAUUCCAAUCCGCAGUCCUCCUUCCAUUGUACGUCCAACAAAUAAUAUUUUAAGUGUUGCAUUGGGAUCUCCUGUUCACCUUACAUGUGAAGUGAUGUGCAAAGGACAGGGAUCUGAAAUACAUAUGUACUGGUCGUUCAAUAAUUCCUACAUCGACUCCUAUGAGGGUUUUAAUGAAAGAGUAAAAAGUGGAGAAUUAAAACGUGAAUUCAUAAAUGACAGUUGCUCAGUUUCACUAGACCUAAACUUCACAGAGGUUAAAGAAGAAGACUAUGACAGGAAAUUUGUUUGUAAUAUUUACUCCAAAGUACAAAGUACUGCUUAUGUGAUGUUUAAGCAUCCAGAUCCGAAUUACCAGAAUUUCUUAAUUGCAUUCUUUGUUACGUUGGUAUUUGUUGUCAUUAUUUGUGUCAUAGCCUUCAAAAUUUUCAAAGUUGACAUUGUUCUCUUUUAUCGUCGCUCCUGCUUUGCUAAAACAAAUCUAAACGAUGGAAAGAAAUAUGAUGCAUACAUUAUGUAUCCUAAAAACACAAAUGGAAACAUCGGUUAUACUGUGGAUAUCUUUGUACUGAAAGUUCUUCCUGAAGUUCUAGAGGGGCAGUGUUCAUAUCAGCUUUUCAUAUUUGGACGAGAUGACAUACCGGGACAAGCCAUUACUGAUGCAAUAGAAGAAGCUAUCUCACAAAGCAGGAGAUUGAUCAUUAUUUUAGGAAACACAACCAGUGAAAACCGACUGGAGAAUGAAUUUGAGCAACAUAUAGCCAUGUAUGAUGCUCUAAUCCGAAAUAAAACUAAAGUAAUCUUGGUUGAACUUGAAAAAAUUACAGAUUACUCAAAUAUGCCAGAGUCUAUCAAAUACAUCAAACAAAAGCAAGGUGUAGUCCAAUGGAAAGGAGAAAUCACAGAAGCAUCUCUUUCCUCCAAAACAAAAUUCUGGAAAAAUAUUCGAUAUCGGAUGCCACCAGAACAGCGGAAACAUUCAAAAGGCAUGGGUUACAUUACUUCAGAAAGCUUAUAAUUACUGGCAGUUGUGAA